GCUGAAGCAGCUUCAUCACUUCACUCUGUCUGAACCUCAGGACGUGGCCUAUGCCUCCUUCCUCUUCGAUAAACUCCAGCGGCUCCAGUGUCCUCGCCGCGGCCGCCAUGCCUCUGUGGAUGCUCAUUGUGACGUGUGUGGCGCCUCCUUCCACCAGCUGAGACGUCUCGCUCUGCGUCGUGCUCUGGGCAUCAGCAGAGAGAUGACGCCUCGCCCUGCUGGCCCCGGUGUACCCCCACCCCCCACCUCCACUGCCACCACCACCUUCGCCCGGCCGAUGUCAGAUAAGCUGCCGCUGAAGCAGCAGAAGUGGUCGGUUGAGGAUCAUCAGGGGGGCAGGACUCUGUGGGGGUGGGGCGGAGUUCACAGCACCUACCUGGGAGGGGGCGGAGCCAAAGGUCUGGCCACAGUCACACCUCUUCCUCUGAACGCACAGCACCACCUGGAGGGAGUGUGGAGGGUCUCCUGCUGCACUCCUGAACACCUGCACGCUACGGCUCUGACAUCAGAUGCAGAUCAUGUGACCCCGAAGACUUCCACUCAGGACAUCAAACCAGCAGCUCACAGCGUUGCCACCCAAACCAGCCAACCUCUGUCUCCUGCCGCCACCUUCUUCAUCAGGGCGGCUCAGAAGCUCAGUCUGUCCCGCAGGAAGAAGUCCCAGCCGGGCGCCGGGUCCACAUCACCCGCUGAGGCCUCGGGGCCCUUGCUUUACACUGGGGGCUUCAGCGGGGCCCUGCAGCUGUCCCCGCCCGCCGUCCCACCAUGCCUCCUCCGGGCCAGAUCAAAGGUCAAGGACACGCCGGGGAUGGGGAAGGUCAGAGUGAUGGUCCGGAUCUGUUCAGUCCACAGCAGCGAGUCUUCAGAGUCCAUGUCCCUCCUCAAAGUGGACGGCAGAAAGAAGCUGCUGACUCUCUGUGAGACGUCAGCCGGAGGACAAACCGCUGCUACCACCGCCCAGAGACGAUCCUCCGCCUCCGCUCCAAAGACCUUCACCUUCGACACCAUCUUCACCCAGGAUGCCUCACAGGCUGAGGUGUGUUCAGGGACGGUGGCAGAGGUCAUCCAGUCGGUGGUGAAUGGAGCAGACGGCUGCAUCUUCUGCUUCGGACACAAGAACCUGGGUAAGACCUACACCAUGAUUGGACGGGACUGCUCCACCCAGAGUCUGGGCGUGGCUCCGACCGCCAUCUCGUGGCUGUUUAAGGUGAUCGAGGAGCGGAGGGAGAAGUCUGGAGCUCGUUUCUCAGUCAGAGUGUCGGCUGUGGAGAUCUCUGGUCGGGAGGAGACGCUCAGCGACCUCCUGGCUGAACUCUCCUCCUCCUCCUCAGGGGGGAGCCAGCAGGAGGCCCCGGGGCCCGCAGUGUCCCUGAGAGAAGACCCCCUCUGUGGAUCCCAGCUGCAGAACCAGACGGAGCUUCGGGCCACCAAUGCUGAGCGAGCAGCGUUUUUCCUGGACGCCGCGCUGGCAGCGAGGAACAGCAGCCGGGCGCCGAAUGAUCAGGAGGUCCGGAGGAACUCUCACUUCCUGUUCACCCUGCACCUUUACCAGGAGAGGCAGGACAAGAGCAACAAGGCGGCAGUGUCCGGGCGGAGUCGUCUCCACCUGCUGGAUCUGGGCAGCUGUGAGACAGACAUCAGCAGGACCAGAGAGGGAGGCGGAGGACAGUGUCUGUCUCUGUCCGCGCUGGGAAACGUCAUCCUCGCCCUCGCCAAUGGAGCCAAGCAUGUUCCCUACAGGGACAGUAAGCUCACCAUGCUGCUCAGAGAGUCCCUCGGUAACAUCAACUGUCGAACCACCAUGAUUGCCCACAUCUCUGACUCCCCAACCAACUACAUGGAGACGCUGACCACAGUGCAGCUGGCGUCCCGCAUCCACCGCAUGAGGAAAAAGAAGUCCAAGUACGCCUCCAGCUCAUCCGGAGGGGAGAGUUCCUGCGAGGAAGGCCCGUCCCAUCGACCCCCUCAUCUUCAGCCCUUCCACCCUCGAACUGUGGCCCUCGAUCCUGACACACCCCUGCUGCUCUCCAGCGAUCCUGACUACUCCUCCAGCAGUGAACACUCUUGCGACACCGUCAUCUACAUUGGGCCCGGAGGGGCGGCCAUCUCGGACCGAGAGCUGAGAGACAAUGAGGGGCCGCCUUCCUUUGUCCCCAUCAUCCCCUCCCUGAACAAGAAGCGAGUCAAAGACUCCCCCCGGUCUGACGGAGACCACUUCAAGUGUAACACUUUUGCAGAGCUGCAGGAGAGACUCGACUGCAUUGACGGCAGCGAGGGUCCGGCCAUGUUCAGCAUGGAGGUCAAAGCAGCACCAGCAGUGGCACUCAGGACUCAGGGUGGAGCUACAAAACCCACAGAGGCAAUGUCUCCACCUAAACCUGAGACGUACUCUUCCCACAGGUUCUUAGAAAGCACAAAUAAACCUGAUCAGGAACAAUCCAAAUCCCCUUCAGUCAGCGGCCUCCUGGACUCUUCCAGACGGAUGAGUGCAGAUGGGGAGAAACUUCCAGCCCCUCCCCCUCAGCCAUGUGGGGUUAAACAGGUCGGGGCUUUGGGCCAGGAUGCAGAGCCUGUGGUUCGAGAGAAGGUCUACCUCACAGGAGGUGUUCCCAAACCGUCAGCCUCGCCGUCUAUACCCAGGACAUCCAGGGCAGCAUCUCAGUCCAGGGGCAUUGUAGCCAGGACUCCCCCAGUGGGUAUGAGCCAACCGGCCUUGAGGCAAAGCCAACCGCUGGGGUCCCCCAACAUGGAGAGGGCCCACAGUUUGCGGGCCGCUCUGUUAGGAAGAUGUCUGGACACAGAUUUUCUGAGGACGACCGUGACUCUGCAGCAGCCGGUGGAGCUGAACGGGGAGGACGAGCUUGUGUUCACAGUUGUAGAGGAGCUUCCACAUGGCCUCGUCCCGGACAACGGCCGCCCCUCCAACCUCCUCAGCUUCAACACUGACUGCUCUCUACAGGCCUUAGCCUCUGGCUCGCGGCCCGUCAGCAUCAUCAGCAGUAUUAACGAUGAGUAUGAUGCGUACACGUGUCAACAUGGAGCUGUGGGACCUGGGGCUGAUGUUGGCAUUGAAUGCCAGGAAUUGCAGUUUUCCCAAUAUGACAACAAGCAGUCCACUGACUCAUGGUUGAGAGAGGUGAGUGCUGAUUCGGCUGAAGCUGAAGGCGCUCAUUCAAGCAACAUUAACAGGCUUUACGUGAGGGACAGAAUUGUGGCAUCACAGAGUGCGUCCAUGCUGUCCUCGCCAAGUAUGUUUCAUAAACAGCCGUUUCUGCAGCACGGCAUCAAGAGCUCCCUGAACGACAGCGGCAUCUGUUUCUCAGAGCUGGACAGUGACCCUGCUACUCCGAACAAACCUUCUCUGACAAAGUGCCCCCCCUCCCCUGACUCAACCAAAGCCAGAGGCUCUCUGAAGGUGAGAUCCAGCACCCUGAAUCCUUCAGUGUCCGCCCACAUUUCCCAUCACGCCGCCCAUUCCAGUCUUCCCAGGAAAAAUAAGCUUACCUCAUCUGCAGCAGCAGCCUACAACAGACAGGAAGGCAGACAUGAUGACUUUUUGCUUCAGGGAAGCAGCCACUUUGAUCCCAGAGGGGUGGAGUUUCUCUCUGCUGGUAAGCCACUGAGAAGUGGCACGAGUAGUGUUUCCUCUAAGAGGCCCGGCGGGAACAGUAACAGUGUGCCCCGCCCACCAAAGGCACAAACGUCAGCUCAGAGGGUUGUUGACGGCUGUGAGAAGUCCAGCAGCAGGAGAGGAGAUACUCUUAUCAAGCUGCCACAACUCACCAGGGGCGCAACAACUCUGGGAACCGUUUCUGUUCCCCAGAGUUCUGAACUGAAAUGGAGUAAUGAGGGUGUGUCAGUGACAGGAACCCUGAGGUUUUCAUCCCUGGGAAAAAAGUCAAACGGGCAGAAAAGCAGCGUCAUCUCCAAGUUUGGAUCUGGAAAUAUCUCCCCUGCUGCUCCACCUGUCAGACAGUCGAGCCAAGAACAAAAGACAAAGCCUGCGAUUUCUCCAAGUGCCUUAAAAACAAGCAGCGACACUGGAAAAUUACCGUUCCCUAAAACAUCAACCUCAGAGGAGGAAUUCAACAUCAGGCUGCGGGCCGAGUCGUUCACCCACAGGACAUCCAGUCUGAAAACUGAACAGGGCUCUGCAAGGAUGUCCUCCAGCCUGAAGACACGAGGGAUCAAAGCAGAUUCUUCCAGGUACCUUGGCAGUCUGAUGUCUCUGGAGAGAUGUGACGGUCAAACAGCAGGGUCCAAGCCUGAACCGUCCAGGGAGAGCAGUGGUGCUACUUUAGGAGGGAACAGCAGAUCCAACAGAUCAGUGCCAAGACUCGGGGUUCCAGCCUCCACCUCCACCUCUGCUGCUGCUUCACAACUUUCCUCUGCUGUCCUUGCACCUACAAGUAAGCUUGGUCAGGUCAAAAGCAGCAGCAGCUGUCGAGCAGCAGUUUCUGGUGGAUCAAAGGUUCGAACUCUGUCCGCCAGCACUUCCAAAAGCACGAGCUCCUCUCCUAAACCUCCUGAUAAUGGUGCUGCACGCAACACCAGCCUGUCUCCAACUGUUAAGUCCCCCGCUCGGUCGGGGGCAGGAGCCAAGACAGGAAGAGGCACCAUCAUGGGCACGAAACAGGCCAUCAGCAGGGCAGCUAACAGCCGUGUUAGCGAGCUAGCCACUGGUAGUCAAAGGAAGCAGCUCAGCAGGGGCACCAGAGUGACAGGAAGUGAUGGCACUGACAGCGGGACUAGUAGUAUCAGUGGUUCGCCAAUCAACAUGUUGCUGCCAUCACCUUACAGCAAGAUCACAGCGCCUCGCAGGCCGCAGCGCUACAGCAGCGGGCACGGCAGUGACAACAGCAGCAUCCUCAGUGGGGAGCUGCCCCCCGCCAUGGGACGCACCGCCCUGUUUUACCACAGCGGGGGGAGCAGCGGCUAUGAGAGUAUGAUCCGGGACAGUGAGACCACCGGCAGCACCUCUUCAGCACACGACUCCAUGAGCGAGAGCGGAGUGUCCUCGUCCAAUAGGAGCAGAGUUUCCAAAUCGCCCAAGAAGAGAGGAAACGGUUUCCUCCGGCGGCGUCUGAUCCCAGCUCCCCUGCCGGACCCCUCAUCCCUGAUCAGGAAGGUCGGGGGUCAGUGGGUGGACCUGCCCCCACUGGGCGGCACGCUGAAGGAACCCUUUGAGAUAAAGGUGUAUGAGAUCGACGACGUGGAGCGCCUGCAGAGGAGGAGGGAGGUGGUGACGGGGUCAGAGCCAUUCCAUGAUGUUGAAAAGGGUCUGCUGUACUUUAACGCCCGGCUGAGGAUGCUGGAGAAGCGACAGCAGCAGACCAGAGAGCUGAAGAGCAAACACGAGAGGCUGAAGGUGGAGCUGGAGGAGGCCAAGAGCCGGCUGAUGCUCCACCCCGGCAAGUGGAGUGGAGAGUUCGACGUGGACCAGGACCUGGACCGGGAGUCCCAGGAGUACCUGGAGGCUCUGGCUCAGGUCACGGCGGAGCUGGAGUACUGCGUCAACCUCUGCAAGUCCCGCGUCAUGAUGGAGACAUGCUUUGACAUCGCUGUGACAUCAGCCGCCGCCGCCACGCAGGGAGGACAGCAGGAGGUGGAGGUGUGAGAGGAGAGACGGGGAUGGGCGUAUUAAAAGAGCACCACUGCUGUCAGCCUGCCCCCUGUGGCUACUCACAGUACUGCAACAAAAAAAAAUCUACUGAGGCCCCAAAAACACUGACAGUCAUGCACAAGGGAGCAACUUUGAUUAAAAUGAAUGAGUGAAAUGUUGAAGUGCAGUUUCUAGCUCUGAUAACACGUUCAUGGCGACCAAUGGGAAGCGCAGAAAGGAGAGGAGUCUCUGUGGCAUAAUGACAAAGGACAUGAUUUAUUGUCCUGAGCAGAAAUUCAUUUUUCAGGACAUCACAGGAAAACUCUGACGUCAUUUAUCUCAGCGGACAAAACGUCCGACAGACUCAUUCAUUCAUUCGUUUAAUCAAAGUCAAAUCUCUGAAGACUCGAACAGAUGAGACGGAGACGGAGACAGAGGAGCUGCAGCUGGAACAAACAGGAAGUUAAAAACUCAGAACAUGUCGGUGACAACUGAUGUAAGAAAACUGUUUUUGGAUGUGUUUCCAUGGUGACUGACGUUUGUCCUCUGUGGACACAUCCCGUCAAAGCAGAGGAACACACUGCUGGUCCUGAGUCAGUGACGACGAACAGAUCUCAGAGAGGAUGAAAGUUCUGGAAGUGCCUUUCUAUUUAUCAUCUAAUUUAAUACAUUAAUUAUUUAUUCUGAUUUUAUAUAUUUAUCAUGUCUGUUUGUUUUUAUGGUGCUGAUCUUAAAACUUUAAUAUAUUAGUUAUGCAAAAAGCUGAUGUGUGAUUUCAGAGUUUACAUGAUAGAAACUGUAUUUAAGUUUGAGCGAGAGAAGAAAAAAAAGGAGACGGAGAGACGAGCAAUAAUUCAGUUAUUAAUACAGAGCUCAUCUCACUGGAUGAUUUGCUGCCUUUGACUCGACACACACACUGACUCACAGCUUCUGUCAGAUUAUCAUUUAAAGAUAAAUCUCCUCCUUAUCGUCUCAUGAAAUGUGAACUCAUGUUGAAAUCAUUUAGUCUCAUUGUCAUUGACGUUUAUCCAGAUUAAACAUGACUCCAUAAAUCCUCUCAGAAAUCAGAGACAAAAAAUCAUCAUGUUUCCUUCAGCUCAGUGUGAACAGACACACCUCGCCAGCUCUGACAGACAGAAACACGUUCUGAUGGUAAAAAACCUGAAAGCAGAAACUGUCGGUCGUCUCUGAGACCAGAACCAAAGAGCAGGAAACAGGAGCAAACUGAGUCCAGCAGACGAGCUCUGGUUCUUGAAACCUUGGUUCGAUCUGGAGAACCAGUCUGCGUUUCCACCAGCAGAACCAUUGAAAUAAAUAGAUAGAUAGAAGUAAACAGUUGUAGCAGGACGACAGAUCACUCUGACGACCUGUGAGCUUCUAGUCUUUUUCCUGACGAGUUCUUGUUAUGUUUCUCGUUUGUUGCCGUCUCUAUCGUCUCUUUCCAACCUGUAGACUAUGACACGCCCUCUGAUGUCAUCAUGUUUCAAACAUCCAUUUCAGAAAUACCUGCCGUUUGUUGGUUCAGAAACAACUUUCUGGGCUCCAAACCAGUUUAAUUUUUUUGAAAUGCUCUGUCCAGUUCACGAUGAGAUGCAGGAACCAGAACAGAAGCUGUUUUAUGUUGGUGGAAAAGUGACCUGAGAGACUCGACUGAUUCAAACUGAGACGAGUCUGUGAGCUGAAAAUGUUUCACUGAUUGAAGAUGACAAACAACAAACUUCAUCAGUCAAAUAUAAGCUCUCUAAAUUCAAUAUUUAAACAUCUAAAAAAGUUGAUAUUGUCUCUAUAUUUUAUUCAUAUUUUUGCAACAUUUUACGACAUUUUAUAAACAUU